CAUGCUUAUAUAUACACACACACCCUGCCAUUUCACUUCAAAACACAACUAAACUAAAAGAGGCAGCUAGUAGUGACCAGUGGCUCCCAGUUCAAAGUAAAGUACCAAAAAAAAAUGAAGGGUGCAAUGGUAUCAAUGUUGGUAGUGAUAGUGAUGGCUCAGCUUUUGGUUAAGCCAGGAGAGGGGGCUGUGACUUGUGCCCAAGUCAAUGCAUCAUUGGCUGCAUGCAUUCCCUAUCUAACAGCAGGAGGUACACCUGCUGCAGCAUGUUGUGAUGGUGUCAAAAAUCUCAAGGCCAUCACGCCUACCACUGCUGACCGCCAAGCUGCCUGCAACUGUGUUAAGGAGGCUGCUGCUCGCUAUCCCAAUAUCAAGGAAGAUGCAGCCUCUUCUCUCCCUACAAAGUGCGGUGUUCAAAUGAAUAUUCCUAUCUCAAAGAACACCAACUGUCAAAACAUCAACUGA